AUACAGUACAGCACAGUAUAGGGCAGGAUGCGGCCCAAUGUGGUCACCACUCUAUUCUGCAUCGUGGUGUGCUUCACCACUCUCUGUGAAUCAAACGUGCCAACUGUGGAGAACUGCUGUACAAAAACAAGCACCACCACAGUACCAGUCACCAAGCUGAAGCAGUUCACCGUCCAUAAAGCAGGGUUAUGUGAUAUUGAGGCUGUCAGAUUUGAAACUUUAGCCGGCAUAGUAAUAUGUUCAGAUCCAAAGUCAGCAUGGGCCCAGCAUGCCAUGAAAUACUUGAGUAGGAUACCAGUCCCUGCCACAACACCAUCCACCACACCUACAACCUCUACUCGGACCAAGCCAGCCACCAAGCCUCCUACCACUUUCAAACCUUCAAGCCCUACAUCCACACCACCACCAUCAACCACCACAUCAACCACUAAGUCUCCAACUAAGGAUCGCGCGACUACACCUUCAAGCCGUGCACCCUACACUCCAUCACCAGAGUCCUCAGUUGAAACAAGGAGCACAUCCCCACAGCCCGUCAUCAAUGACAGGAAGGAGCCAAUAUCGUCAUCACCAACAACAUGUACACCAUCACCAUCCACCACUGCGUCACGGACAGUUAAAUUGCCAACUUUUUUGGAAAGGAGAAAGAACAGGCGAAAGAAACCUGGAUUAAGGUCAAGACAAACACGGAAAAUUAAAUGGACGAACCCCAAAUAAAGAAGAAAUGACUGUCCUCAUUGGGUCAAACUUCUCAUGUCUGAGAGCUGUGCUGUGUUUCAGAUGUAUGACGGGAAUUAUGUCUUUAAGUUAUAUCAAUCUUCAAGUUUCUUUUGUAUCAGACAUGAAACUUCCGUCUUCAUCUGAUGAAGACAGAAAUUUCACAGUCGA